ACGACCCCUUUCAGGCAGAUAGACCUGUCUGCGUGAGAAUCAGCCAAUCAGGAGCGUCAUUGCGCUCUGCGACCAGCGGAAGCGGACAGGUUAAGUUUCAGUUUCGAAAGCUCAAAAGAGAGCGCUGACGUUGGAAUACUGUGCAGUUAAUAAAUAAUAUAAGAGAGUGUUGCUGUUCUUAAGAGUUUUAGUAAUGUGUGCGUGCAACUACCAAACCACACACAAAUACUUUCUUUAAUAAAACAUCCUAAAGAGAACAUCUUGUCAGCAUUCUGAUCAAUGCUCCGUGGUGGCUGCAACCAUUAAAGGACCACUCAAUUAUACAGUCCUUACCAAUCACCAUAACAAAUUGGUCCUUCGAGCCGGAUACGUGUGGUCAUCGUGGGAUUGUUUAGAGAUGUUCUCGGAUCAGUAUACACGCCCAGCAGAUGCACGACCCCGCCGAGAAGUCCGGCGACCAGCCUGGAUGGAAGACUAUGACAUCCCUCCCCAAGCAUUGCAGCAGCCCUCUCAUUUGCCUCCGCAAACAUCUAAUCUGCCAGAGCAACAGCAGCCUUAUGACAGCAUGGUUAGAUUUCCAGAGAGACACGCCAGGAUGACGCCUCUCACACCCCGACUGCUGCAUGAGGAUGGGAAGGUCAUACAGGGAGCAGAGGCUGCCUAUUCCCGUCAGUUUGAGUAUUCAGCACCCCUCUAUGAGAGUACGCCUGCCUCGACCCGAUCGAGGCCUGCCCCAGAAACCGCGCCUGAGGUCCUAGAAGCUCUUCAUAAGUUGAGGGAAGAUAAUCAGAGGCUACAGCAACAGUUAAUGGACAUGCACAGGCGACUGGACGCCCGAAGUUCCCAACCAAACGUACCAGCACUGCAACAGACAGCCCCUUCUCCUUUCCCUACAUCAGCUCCCCCUCAACAGCAGUACAACAUAGAGCAGGAUGGCGCCCCAUAUCAAACUAGGCCAAUACUGCCACCUGCACGAGUUGGUGGUCAUACUCUGCCUCCCGAUGAUGAUGACUGGCCACUGCCACCUCCCCCAAUAGUAGACAACACUUAUCAGCCACCAUCACAGGACCUUAUGGCAGAGCUCAUAACAGCACUGAGGGACAUUAAGACGACACGUCUGCAGGAGUCUCCUAAUCGCCUUGAACCACCUUCUCCAGCGCGACCACAGACACCAGGGUAUUGUGUGCCCUACACCCCACAAAGAUGUGAGUCGCUGCCCGAAGAGUUGCAACCCUCCCCCCACCAUGAGCUAGUAUACCGUGGGCCUAAGCCCACAAUCCCGGUAUUUGCCAAAGGAGAUCCGAGAGAGUUUGCCAGACUUAAGAUCGCUCUGGAGAACUUACUGCCUGUGGAUGCUACAGAGCGCUUUAAAUAUCAGAUCCUGGUGGAUCACCUGAAGUAUGAGGAGGCACUGUUAAUAGCGGAUUCCUACACCAACUCACUGCGACCCUAUACUGACACCAUGACAAGUUUAAUUGAGCAUUAUGGACAGCCUCAGCAGCUAGCGCUCAGAAAAAUUGCUGAUCUAAUGGAGGCCCCUAAUAUACCACGUGGUGACACCAGUGGGUUUAAGCUGUUCGCCCUGAAAGUAAGAGCACUCGUGGGGCUGUUAGACCAGCUUGGAGACAGUGGAAAGACUGAGCUUCACUGUGGUUCACAUGUGACACGGCUGCUGUCCAAACUGCCACACGAUAUACGGGCUGAAUUCAAGAGGUUUCUGUACCCAAUGCGUGUAACAAUUCCAAGCCUCUUGCACUUCUCUGACUGGCUUGACUACGAGCUGAAGAUGCAGGAGACAGUGUAUGAGCCUCUAACUAGUGAAAACAAAGGCAGAGCAGGACCAAGGGUAGACCGCCGCCGUGAGUCUAAGAGUGGCAAGAAUACCAACAUUAUGCUUACCACGGACCAACCCGAGAGCACACUGACAGAAGAGAAAGCCUUAUCUAGCACCAAGCAGCCAGAGAGGACAGCAUACUGCCCGUACUGCUCUAACACACAACACUUCUUAGAUAAGUGUUCAAACUUUGCACAGCUUACAGUGGAACAGAUAACAGCAUGGAUUAAGACCAACAAGAGGUGCUGGCGAUGCGGUCGCUCACAUCAGGCUGCACAGUGCCGCUUAAAGAUCACAUGUCACAAGUGUAAAGGUAGACAUCUGCAAGCUUUGCAUGAAGUGAAUAUAAAACCUGCAGCUGAGGAUACAUCUUGCCUUAUCAGCACAACUAAUGAAGUUCUGUAUGUAGACCGGCGGGCGGGAUGCAGCCAGGUCCUACUGAAAGUGAGCAAAGUGCUGCUGCGCAAUGGUGAACACACCUUGGAGACAUAUGCUAUCCUUGAUGAUGGUUCGGAGCGGACCAUUCUCCUCUCUGCAGCAGCGCAGAGCCUCAAGCUUACUGGUGAACCUGAAAAUCUGAUCCUCAGAACUGUUCGGCAAGAUAUCAGGGUUCUGCACGGCACUGCAGUGUCAUUCUCUAUCUCUCCAGUAGACCAUCCAAAGAAGUCCUUCAAGAUAUACAGAGCAUUCACUGCUGAUCAACUCGGUCUGGCUGAGCACACUUACUCAAUGAAGGCACUUCAGAGGAAGUAUAAACAUUUAAGAGGCCUCCCUUUCCAGACGAUUAACAAAGUGCAACCCCUGCUGUUAAUCGGUUCAGAUUAUACACACUUAAUCACUCCGGUGGAGCCUGUGCGUUUGGGACCCCACGGGGGACCAGCCGCGGUGAAGACAAAGUUGGGCUGGACACUUCAAGGGCCGACCAGGUACACCAAGCAACAGGCAACAUCACAACAGUGUCUGCACAUCUCCACCCUCUCAUCCACUAGCGAGCUUCUACAGAGUGUAGAGAGAUUGUGGCAGCUGGAUGUUCUGCCUUACAGGAGUGAAAAGCUCGUCACACGCUCCAGGCAGGAUCAGGAAGCAGUCCGCCUGCUGGAGGCGAAGACUAAACGAGUAGAGGUUGAUGGAUUCAGCGCUACGCUACUCCCCUCCUCAGAGUGA